AUGUUGGAAAUUUUGUUAUGUUGUAAGAGAUCAAGUAAACCCGAACCAAUCUCAGUUGUGAUAUGCAGAAAGUUUGUUGUUAUAUUAUUCGUAUCAAUAACAUUAACUGUUCUUGUCAUAUUAUCAAUCGGAGUAAAUAAUGAUACACCAACUAUUACAAGAAAGUAUUCUUCAAUGGAUAAGUUCCCUGUACCAGUUGUUUACUUCUCAUCUAGUUUUCAAUAUAAGAUAAGAUGUUUCUACUCCUUCAACACCACAACUGGUACUAUAAAUAAUGAAUAUGUAAAUCAACCUACUUAUGAUAAUAGCAGCAAUUCCUGGAAAGGAAGGGAUAUAAUUAAAUUAGAUUUGGGUUUCGAGAUUAUGGAUACAGAUCAUAAUGCUACUGAAGAUGGUUAUGUCCGUUUUAGUAUUUCUAUGCAUGAUCAAGAAUAUAAUCCAUAUAAUGAUACACUUGCUAGUGGAACUGAUGAUUAUUCAACUUUUGUCAAAUCGCUUAAAGAAACUGGUUCAUAUCCUCCAGGAAAUGCGUAUGUUUUGAGAAUAUUAAGAAAACAAAGGACCAUAUUAAAAGAUUCAUUUCUAAAUAAUUUGGGACUUCCACAAAGGUACCCCAACAAACCUUAUGUUGUAGCAAAUGAUCGUUUUGCUGAAGCGAUAGGGAAUACAAGCUUUGCAAAUUUCUACAUACAGCCUCAGAAUUUUUUGCUUGAAACUGAGGUUGAACAAAGAAAUAAAAAUGCUCUGUCUGUUAUUUCAAAUGUACUUGCUGUAUGGGGAGGAUUGACAGCACUUUACAUAUUUUUAUUUGGUGCUGAUUCGAUUAAACCAUGGGGAUUUAUACAAGAAAGGAUUCUUAAAAAUGUAAUGCAUAAUAAAUUGAGGACCGCGCCAUUUAAAAAGGAAGGAACUCCUGAGGAAAGGAUUGAAGCAUUGGAAACAUUUCUUAAAGACUAUGUUAUCGAUGUUGGUUUGAUAGAUCAAUUAAAUAAAUUACCAUACAAAAGUCAUGAAGAUGAAGAAAAAUAA